AUAUAAUAUUUGGUUGCAUUUGUAUGUCACAGAGAGACUCAUUGGCUACUGAUGAGAGGCUUAAUGCUCUAGAAGAAGGGGUACGGCUUCUGUGGGCUGCAUCAAGAAAGUACAACUUUGAUCUUCAUGUUUUAGAGUCUAAAGCACAAGAUGCUGAGGAUAGACUCGAAACGGUUGCCUCUCAGGCUCAAAAGAUGGCUGACAUUGUUACAGAACAAUGGAUUCAAAUUCAGCAGCUUGAGCAGGCUCUUCAUAUUACACAAUUCAUAAACAACCAUUCUGCUGACCCUCUGCUGAAGACGCUUGGGCCUAACUUCAGAUCCUAUAUCUCUCUAGAUUUUCAUCAGUUCAAGAGAGUCUUUGCAGAAUUUAAAAGGUCUCAGCAUGAGUUUCCAAAUUUUGGUGGUUGGUUUUCUAAUUUUCAAGAACUCUGA